AUGGAACGAACUACAGAAUCAGCACGAUCUACAACGAUAAACAGCGACGAUAUUAUUGGACUUCUUCGUAUUGGUACACAAAAUCAAUAUAAUGCUCGAGAACUUCAUACAACGAAUGCAACUAUUGAAUUAAAUGUAACUAGUCUAUUCGGACAAGAUUAUGAUUAUCAGUUAAUUUCUAAUACUAAUGGUGAAUUAUCUUUGUAUUAUCCACGACGUAUUCUUUUACCUACAAUAGAUAAAUGGUCAAAUAUAUCAACACCUAAAAUUCAAUCAACAAUCGAUAUUCGUGAUUUAUUUGUUCGAUCUCGUAUAGCUCGAUGUCGUUCGCGUUUUGUUGCUCCUGUUAUAUUACUUGAUGGAAAAUAUAUUUGUCGAUCGUCAACAGUUGCUUCUUGGGGUGAAGUAUAUUCUCGGUCUGGUGUUGAUCGUUUAUUAGAUACAGGUAAUCGAACAACCAAUCCAUCAAUAAUUGAUUCUACAACAAAUCCAACUGCUGUAACAAAUGAUCUUGAUGGACCACCAACAAUUGCAAUAGUUGGUGCUGCUGCUGCUGCAGCGUCAUCAGCGUCAUCAUCAAAUGUAGAAGUACCUCAACAACAAAAUAUAUUUGAUAAACUUCGUGGAGCUGAUAUUGAUUUAUUAAAAAUACUUGAUGUUAGUUCAAUAGUUAAUUUAAUGGUUGAAAAAAGAAAAACAAUGUUUGGUGUUAAUGUAACAUCAUCAGAAAAUUCAGAUAAAGAAAAUCGUUAUCGAGAUUUUCAAUUAUUAAUUCUUCCUUAUCCAGGAUGUGAACAUUUUCGAGAGUUUUCAAUACAAAGUUAUAAUGGUGAUUUAAUGUUUUAUGAUUGGUCAUUACCAAUUAAUGAUGCAUUAUUUCAAGUACCAGAACAUCUUUCAUCUCGUGUACCAACAGAUUGGUCAUUUUGGAAGUCAUGGAAUUCAAUAGAUCUUACAAAAAAUUAUUUUCAAUUAAUUCUUCGUCAUCUUGAAACAGAUGAACAUGGACUUCUUAUACAUUGUAUAUCAGGUUGGGAUCGUACCCCAUUAUUUAUAUGUCUUUUACGUUUAUCAUUAUGGGCUGAUGGAUGGAUUCAUCAAUCAUUAACUGGUACAGAAAUUCUUUAUUUAACAUUAGCCUAUGAUUGGUAUUUAUUUGGACAUUGUUUACCAGAAAGAUUACUUCGUGGUGAAGAAAUACUCUAUUUUGCUUUUAUGAUGCUUCCUUAUUUAAUUUCAAAUGAAUUUGUUUAUAAACAAUCGAAUAAUCCUUCAAAUUCACAAUUAACCAAUGUAUCUAAUCGAACCGAAAAUAUUUAUUCUAUAAGUGGAUUAAAUGAUUUUGAAAAUUUGAAUUCUAAUUCAUCAUCUUCAGUUAAUACGAAUGGUAGUUCAACAAUAAAUUUUCAUCGUGAUUCUGAUGAAGUUUCAUUUAAUCAAAAUAUUGAUUUAAAUAUUUCCGAAACAAAUAAAGAUAUCGAUUCAAUACCAUUAACAACUCGUAAAGAAAAAUUACUUGGUGUUUCUCAUCUUUUUCAAUUAUGUUAUCGAACUGUGAUACCAAAUCGACCGCCAACAACAACUUCUAGUACAAAUUUAUUACCAGACAGUUUGAGUGCAUUCAAUCCUAGACCAAUUGGACGAGAAAUUGCUCGUUCAAUUAAUAAUUUUAUUGGUCAAUGGCGUACUCAACCUCGUUGA